UCGCUUGAAGUAAACAUUCGAUAGAGAAGAAAUGGAUCUGCGCCGGGAGCUUCUGGAGGCGGAGUCUAGAGCGGAUCAGGACGAGGCGGAGCGUCACUCGCACUUGCAGCUCGUCCGAGAAUUGGACCACAAUGUUGGCGUGCCCGUGGGCGUGGCGGCAUAUCGUCUGCAGCAACUAAUCGCGGGUGUGCGAGCGAGAGGCCAUCACGACUUGUUGCGUCUUUGGCAGCUGUGGCUCAACGAGCUAAUCUUGGCCAAGAGGAUAAUUCUGGCAAGGUCUCACCUCCUAAUAGAGGAGCUAAUGGCAGGAACAGAGUUGAAGCCGUCCGCCGAAACUGUCAACUUGAUGCUUACUGUGCUAAAAUCGACCCCGACGGAGAACCUGGCUGUGUUUUGGCCCAGAUUGAGCGCAUUAACUCAUGCCAAAGAUAUGGACGUCGCUCUGUUGCUGCUGCAGUGCCAAGAACGUGUGCUGGCCGAGUUGGAGGAAUCGCCGGAGGUGGCCGUGCACAACCAAAAUCUGGUCAACUCCCUCAUCGACAUGCACUUUGAAGGCCACUGGCUGGUCGCCAAGGAGCAGUUGCCCCUGCUGUUGGCGCAGAGCCUGCAACUGAUACAGAAGCUCGUGACCAUGCUGCCCGACUUUGCCGCGCAGAGAGUCCCCGAACUGAUGGGGCUAGUCCAAUGCUAUCUGCAGUAUGGAGCUGAAGGAGAAACCCACCUAAAGCCCCGGAAGUUGCCGCCCGCACAGCAGUCGGCUGCCUAUGGACAGGAGAAGGAAGAGGAAGAACAGCUGCUGGCCCAGAUGUCCCGCCCUUGCGGUCGCAAGAACAAAGUGCGCAAGAUGCGUUCGCUCGCCAAACAGCGGAACCAGGCGGCCAAUGAACACCAUGAGCCCAAUCCGCGAGAGCGUCUGGUGCUGAUGGGUAACCAGGACUACGGCUGCUUAACUGGAGACUCGGGCGAGAACGGGCUGCCCUCCGAUUCGGAUCAGCAGCAGACAGAAAGCAAGCACCAUCGGCAGCAAGAGGCCAAGGUGAGGAUCUCCGCUUUACAUUUGCUCAGCACCUUGACCAACCAACUGCCCCGCCGCUCGUUUUACGGCUACUGGCACGUCCUGUUCCCUGACGGUGACGCGGGUGGUUCUCCCCACCUACUGCUCCUUGGUCUGAAAGACAACAAUUUCCGUUGUCGAGCUCUGGCCCUGCAGGUGGGAGCGCAGCUGUUGUACGGUUCAAAGGCAUUCCUCAGCCAAGCAUGCUCGCUUGGACCCAGCAACUUUACGCCAUUUGCCGUCAGCUUGGCCAGCUCUGUAUUGACCGCUUAUCGCAUCUUAAUUGCCAUCCUCGAGCGAGAGUAUACUCCGCCUGUCCUGACCCAGUGCCUCAGGUGUUUGGCCGUUUUGGUGCAAGCCACGCCCUUUCAUCAGUUGGAAAUGGGCUUUGUCUACGAGUUUGUGGGCCACGUGAAAAAACUGAUAAAGAGUAGGGACCCUCCGGUCGCCGUGUCUGCAUUACUGGUCAUGGAAAUGCUGGUGGGCACAUCCAAUCUUACACCGGAGAUUGCCAGCUCAAUAGGACUGGCUCCUAGUCAGAGAAACCUUCAAAUGGAACACGCGAGCACGGCGGAAACAUACCAGGAGAUGUGCGACUCGGAUGCGGAGAUGGAACUCGAGGAGGAGGAGGAGCAGCAGCAGCAGCAGCCAUUGCAGAACAAUGUGCCAAAUCCCGUCCACACAGUGUCUCCAUCUAUUCCGCGCAAUUCAUGGCUGCUAAGGCAGGUACUCCGCUUUCUGGAGGACAUGAGAAUUCCAUCCGCCGUGCGCUUGGAGUGUUUCCAGGUGCUCCAGGCCAUGGCCACACACAUAGGCCUGCUACGAGGACAUCAGGUGCGUCUGUCAAGGGUGAUAUCCGCUGGGCUGACUGAUCCCGCUAGAGAUGUAAAGCUGUACGCCGCACGCUGCUUGGACUCAGUUGGCUACCAGUUAGGCAGACUGUUGCCGGAACCGGCAGAACGGGAGCUGCAGAUAUCCUUUUGGCUUACCCUGCUGCCGGCCACCUAUCAAGCCUACGAUUCCGCCGGGUACUCCUUGAAGUGCGCGCUCUGCGACGCCCUGUCCAACAUGGGAGCUAUUAGCUUUGAGAGACUCCCGGAUGGUCAAAGGACCGCGCUGUUGGCCUUCCUAAGCGGCUGCGCCAGCGACGAUCAUGAGGAAACACUGGUCAGGGUAGCCGCUUUGCGGGCUAUGGCCGUCUAUGUGCUGCAUCCCUCGCUGAAGACGGAUCUUGGAUUUGUGGAGAAUGCAGCGGAGCUGACAUUGCGCAUCUUAGGUGACUCCCAGCUCUUGGCGAGAAUCAAGGCCGCCUGGGCCCUGGGGAACAUCAGUGACGCACUGGUGGCCGGUAUUCCCAACCAGACCGAACGAAUUUCCGCCGAACUUUUGGAACGCCUCAUCCAGGCGGCCACCAAGAGCUGUGCCGAUAACGACAAGGUCAGGGCCAACGCGGUGCGUGCCCUGGGAAAUCUCUUGCAGAUCCUGCAGGUCCAGCCAUUUGGAAACGGUGAACUGAUGCAAGUGGCCAUGUCUAAGCUGCUGGACUGUGUAACAUCGCCAGGCAACGCAAAGGUGAAGUGGAAUGCAUGCUAUGCCAUCGGAAACCUAGUGAAGCACAGGGCUUUCUUUGCCAACAACCGCCUGGCUGGUAUCUUAUUUCCCACCCUGUGUCAGUUGGUGGUGCAGCACGCCAACUUCAAGGUGCGCACCAAUGCUGUCGGAGUUCUGCUGCAGGUCGAGCAGCGUCAGGACUUCAGUGCCCACUUCCCUCUGCUAUGGCGUUCGCUCCUGGACGCUCUGGUGCGCUCUAAUUUACUGGAAAGCUUCGAAGAGUACAACCACCGGGAUGCACUCCAGCAACAGUUGUGCCUGGCCAUUGCCCACCUACUGUUGCUGGCCAGGAGCUCGGAUCUGCCGAUGAUGCGAGAGUCCCUAGAGGAGGAUCGCCUAGAAGAGGUGCGGGCCACGUGGCGGCGCGUCGCAUUCCGCAUUGUUCCGGAGCAGUCGGAUCCGCUCUUCACCUGCAGUCCUCUGCUGGAGCAGCGUCUCCAGGGGGAGGUCAACAAUCUGCAGCGCUGCGCCUUGGCGUUCAUCACGAGCACACUCCGCCUGGACCCAUAGAAGCCUCCUGCUUUCACCUACUUAACCCACGAGCCACAAUAAUAAAUUCAUUUUAAUCUAGCGCAA